AGCCCUGUCAAAUACCAUUAAAAGUUCUCCUAUGAAAAUGUUUGAAUCUAGUUUUAAGUAACGUGUUGAGUGGCCUUCACCGGCAAAUUAACUGUUGACAUUGACGAUCUUUACGCAAAGGCUACAAAAGGCCACUAGAGGUCAACUAUUUAAAUAAUAAGGCUCAAAUCGUCUGAUUUUUCGAACUUUUAGAAAAACCUUAUCGGACAACAUACUGGCUUGCUAAAGGACUAAGCAUUUGAUUAACCUGUGACCUCUUGACUUGAGCGCGGCAGUUAUCAAAUCAAAUAAACUUUUAUGUGUUUAAAAAAUACACAUAAUAAAACAAGUAAAAUGUUUAUUAUCCAGAUCGUUCGAAUGCAGUGUUUUUCGAGUUGAUAUAGGUUCGCAACUUGUUUAAUUUUCUUGCCUGAAACUUGAAUUAUUUUGCGAAAAAAAUAACUUCAUCCUGUCCAACGGUAGCAAAACAGGUUGUAUCGGUUCUUGGCGUCAAGACUGAAAAAGGCAGUAAAAAGAAAACUCCUCAUAACCUUUCGGUAUACGGAUAAACAGUAAUUAGCAAGUACAAAUUUUACAUGCCAUAUUAAAUUUUCAUGUUAUCCAUCUGGAAUGAGCUUUGAAAGCAUGGGCCUCAGAGAAUGUCGUCUGUUUGAGAAUUGUUGGUUGCAGGUCUUUUAGCUUCAUAAUGAGUUUACAUGAAUUUAUUCUUCCGGAUCUAACAGUUUUUCUAUCGUUUAUACCAGGCAGAGGAUAACACCAUUUUUGGUCCAUUUCGUUUGGCUUUAAGAUUUUUGUCGGGCGCAUUGUACCUGGAUGUUCAGAAAUUGUGGUGUUCCAAGCAGGGCUAAGUUAGGACCAAAGUUAUAAGAAAAAAUAUAUAUUUAUUGAAGUUGAGUCGACCGACUCUAAAUAAUUUCUCGAAACGGAUUUUUCAUUAAUAUUUUCAAAAUUGCUGCCAUGGGUCGCAAAAAAAUACAAAUAUCUAGAAUCACAGAUGAACGAAAUAGACAGGUAACUUUUAACAAACGGAAAUUUGGAGUGAUGAAGAAAGCCUACGAACUGUCAGUACUGUGCGAUUGUGAGAUCGCCCUCAUCAUUUUCAGCAGCAGCAACAAACUGUACCAGUAUGCCAGCACCGAUAUGGACAAAGUACUACUCAAAUAUACGGAGUACAAUGAGCCACACGAGUCGUUGACCAAUAAAAAUAUUAUCGAGGCACUAAAUAAGAAGGAGCAUAAGAACGGAGUGAUGAGCCCGGACAGUCCAGAACCGGAGACGGAAUAUCAGCUGACACCCAGGACAGAAGCCAAAUACAGCAAAAUCGACGAAGAUUUCCAAAUGAUGCUCCAGAGGAACCAGUCGCUUAAUGGGCAAAGGGUUAGUCCUGUUAAUAUGAGUUCAUCGAAUUAUUCUCAACCUGUCUCAGUACCAGUGAACAUAAGUUACAGUGACUCAACACUGCUGCAGUCUAGUCCGCAGAUGGCACACACUAGUAUUAGUCCACGGCCAUCUUCAUCUGAAACAGAUUCAGUCUAUCCUAGUGGCGCAAUGUUGGAAAUGAGCAAUGGAUAUCCCAACUCGGCAUCACCUAUAGGAGGAUCGCCUUCGCCUGGACCAAGUCCAGGCCCUGGCAUGAGUUCAUCAAAACAUCCUAAACAGCAUUCUCCAGGUCCAAGAACUAAUUUGCGAGUGGUCAUACCAACUCCUCUAAGCUCUAGUCUUACUGCUGAAGAAGUGUCAUAUGCAGAACACAACAGGUCACAAGCGUCAUUGAACACGCCGGUCGUAUCACUUCAGACUCCAGGUCUCGCCGGGUACCCCAGCACGCUAACUUCCUUCGGGGCACAGGACUUCAGUAUAAGCUCUGAUAUGGCGCUGACGUCUAUGCCUUGGAGUAGUUCCCAGCUGGCGUCGUCACUAGCGCACAGCGCUGGCGGCGGGGGACCUGGCUCCAGUGGCGGGUGCAUGCCCCACCUCGCCGUUUCGAGCAGUACGCCGCCUCCUACAGCGGGCUCGCCACUGCCUGUUAAAAUUAAGAGCGAACCGAUAUCACCUCCUAGGGAUCACCAUCCGCACCUUUCCAGUAUUUUUUAUUGUAGCUCUACCGUCCAUCACCCUCAGGCCCACGGACAGACCCUGAAUUUGACCCACGGCCAUCAUCCGAGGCCCAGCUCGGCGGGUCAGGUGACCCCGACCCCAGGCAGCGUCACCCCCACCAACCUGCCGUCGCCUACACCUCCCUCGGGACCCUCUGGUCCAGCAGGCCCUGGCGACUACGACGCAGUGCAGCUGCACAAAAGGCCACGGCUCUCCGACUGGGCUUAACCAACCGCGGUGGCCUAUAGCCGCGGUACACAUCAGUGCCAUAGUGAUAAUGUGGAUAUGUGGAAGUGGACAGCAUAAAGCGUUAUUUGCCAAUUUGUCAUCCAUGUGAUACAAUUCAAGUCUAUUAGACAUUAAAAUAAAAGAGGAACAUAAGAGAUCGUAUAGUGACCGUCAAGAUGUUCUCAAUAAAUGGGAAAAAAUAUUACUGCUUAAUAGAGUAGUUCAACUGAAUGUUACACCAGUUUAGCAUGUUCAAUAAAAAAUAUUAAUUUUGAUAUUACGUCAUGUAUCGACGUCACAUUUUAUGUUAAGUCCAUUUUCAGGAACUUUAAUUUUUUGUUGGUAUGUUUACCAUAUUUUUAUUUCAAGAUUUUUUUGUACUUAAAACAAAAUGCUUUACUUUUAUUUUACGUCUUCAAAUGUUUUCUUUUAAUUAUCUUCAUGAUAUUUGCCAAUCAAAAUGAUUUUUGUUAUUGGGUGAGCUGAAUUGAUAAAAAUCCCAUAUGUUGAGAAUUUUUUGGCAGUCACUGUACAUUAAGAACAUUGAUAAACUUAUGAUACAACACGUAACUGUUUUUUUAAUAGUCAUUAUCAAUGAAAGGUGAAGCGUGAAAGAUGAUGAGAGAGAAUGGAUUUUAAGAGAACAAGAUUUUUUUAUAGAGUGGGUUAUAUUUCGGCAAGAAAUGCCGAAGCGCAUAUCUUUAUACAAUUGUAUUUGUAUAGUUUCUAUUUAUACAUAUAAUCGGGCGUUGUUAUUAACUCCCUCCAUUAUACAGGGCGUGUCUCAGAAAAAUACUCAUUGAGUACAAAAACGCUAAUAUACAAAGACUUACAUUAGCUUAAGCGUCUGUGCCUAUUUAAUAUAAAUAAGAAAAUAUUCAUACAUUUGUUACUGUCAAUUCUGUUGUUCUAUUUGAGAAAUGGUGCUAUUGAGGUAGAUGUGAUAAUACAGGAGGUAGGUACCAAAAUCAUAUAAGAGUUGUUGAAAAUAUAUAUUAUCGUUAGAUUAUUCUCCAAAUGUUAAUAAUUGCACACCUAUACAUCCAAAUAUAUAAAAUGUUUUCAACUUGUUUUGCAAUUUGAAGAUAUAUUUAUCAAACUUCUGCUCUGUUUUAAGUAUAUUAUAUAUUUUAUAAAAUAUAGCCUCAUCCUAAUAAAAAAAUAACAUCCAAGAAUUGAAAUUAGAACUACAAGAAAUAAUUAUGCUUGAAAUAUUUUAGAAUAAAUAAGCAUACUUAUGUUUGACAGUGACAUUUAUGUACGUAUAUCAAUUUUUCAACAGAGCACAAAUUACUAACAUAAAAAAACACUUUUUUUAUUAUUACCAAAAACUAAGAUUAAAUAUUAACAUUUCUUUGCUUUGCGGAUUUUUUUCUAUGUUGAGACAUAGUUAAAUAUAAUCGUCGAGUAAAUUAAUGUUCCUUUAACAAAAAAAGACAGUUUUUUUGGUGACAUAUUUCAUGUAAGGUAAAUCAAAAUGCUAAAUAAGUUAAAAUAGUAGGAUUUGUUUGAUUGAUGGUGCUAAGUUUCUUAAAAAGAGGCUCUCUAUUUUUUUUCUCAAUUUUAUAACAGUCAGUAAUUUUUUAAUAGUUCAACUAUUUUCCAGGUAAAUAUAUUUAUAUACUAUAUUGAAAUUGUGAUCAUAAUCCUAAGGAGAGUUACAAUUUCAUUUAAAUAAAUUUUAAGCUAUUUACUUUCAGAAAUAAGUUAUCAGUUGAACUGCAUUCAAAUAAUUUGUUAUAACUUUUAAAAGUACAAAUGAAAGUCUAUCUUUUUCUCUUUUUGCCAAUGAAUUUAUUAAUAUAUAUCACUUACACCAAAUUGUUAUUUUUCUUCUUAAGACUGUUAUUAAUUUUGAUUGUACUUUCUAUCCUGUCUCGAUGAAAGUUGAUUUGAUUGUUAUAUAAACUUUCCUAUUAUUUUUUCUCAUUUUUAUGCAGAACGAUGUUUUUUUUUCUAGAAUAAUCAUUGAUAGUUUGAACAAAACCCUCAAAAGCACGCGUUUUCAAAUUUUGAUAUUCUUAUUCCAAAAAAUAAUGAAACCUAAUAUAUAUAUGUGACUUUAUUUGAUCAUAGCAGAUAAUACACAAUCGGCAAUGCUUGGCUUUGGAUACCGAUUUUCGUGUGUACGAAGAGUACAGUCAAUAUGUUCAUACAAUAUGAUGUACUGAACAGAGAGAAGUAUUUUUCUAAGCGAAUGAAAUUAAACGUCGGAGAGAGAAAACACUUACAUAUUUUUCUCUCUUCGCCUUACAAGAUCACCAUAGCGAUUCAUUCAUUUCAAUACCGACCCAAGAAUUGCUGUUGCCAACAGGGUAUUUUGGGUCGAAAUAUUUCCUAUUAAAAAAGAAUAUUUCACUAAUAAACCACAAUACACAAAUACACUUUUAAGUUUUUGACGAACGUUUUCCUAAUCAUGUUAUCAACCAGCAGCAGAUGAAUAAUAGUGGAUAACAUGGUUAGCAAACCGUGAGAACACAAUUUAUAGGUGUUAUUUUCAUUGAUAUGCAUAAUUGUCUAUAUAACAGGAUCCGAGAUUACAUUUAAAAAUUACGACUUUCAUUUGGAAUAAAGAAUGGAGAAUAUUUGCUGUUGGGGUUAAUUUUUGAUACUCUAAUGUUUUAGAUAUUAGGCGUAUUUAUGUAUAUUGACAGAAAAGUACAAUGCUUUAGAUAUUCGCUACUUUGAAGCGAAUUAUAGUUUCAUUCCAAAAACAUUUUCAUGCAGAUUCGACUUGUCAAGAGAUUCUACUAGAUGGGAGACUUUAGUGUGAGGGGAAUUUUUCUGAGACUGCACUAUCUUUAUACAUAUGUGAGUGUAUGUAUAUAUGAGGGAAGACAGAUGGUAUACCAGGGAUAAUGCCAUCACUGUCUUGUAAUAGAGUUCAUGUCUUUUUUAUAAAUGUUUUUAGAAUAGUCGAUUAUCGUUUAAAAUGUACACUUGUUAUUUAGCGAACAUGCCACUAACCUACCGAGACUGCGGGAGCAGGUAACCCCAUUUUCCCCAGACCUCUACGAAUGUACUCUGUCCACUGGCUGUUAUAGUUAUGGGACCAUAAGGUCACACCACAGCCACCAGUCCCGUCGGUGUUUUACGUACUGCUUCCUAAGGAACUAGGGUGUUCAUUGUUGUAGCCUUUUGAUUUGUUUGUGAUUUCAGAGAGUAUGGUUAUAAAUUAUCUACGUACACAGAGAAAAAAAAGAUAAAAAUAAAUAUAUAAAAUUAGAAAUUGUAUGGUAUAUACAUAAUAAUAUAUUUUAUCUACUGUUGUGUGCACCAACUUGCACAGAUAGUAUAAAGUUUAUAAAGAGAUAAAUUAUUGUACCUCGUGUACCUGCCCGCCUCGGUUUGCGGAUGACCCUUUUCCACUGAUUAAAUGUAGGAUUGCCUUACUCACAGUGCCUCGACAGUAUGUAUGUCUUGUAUGUGUAAUACACCUUCGAUGUCUUAAUAAGGUUAAUGUCGUUGUACCCAUUAUUUCCUACCACAGCGCGGUACAUUUUAUUGUCUUUGUCGACACUCACAGGGUAUUUUGCCAUUUACUAAUACACUCCGCUGCAGCCCUUUUCUGCUGCUUGUGCCUUCUUUCUACUUCUGUUCCCACAAUUUCCAGUGACUCAACUUCCACCAACCUGUUUUAUUUUUAUAGACUUGCGGGGUGUCCACUCAAUCUAAUGUGUAGACUGUUUCGCGUUCUUUUCAAGUAUAUAAUCUCUAUUUAAAUUCAUCUCCUAGUCAUUGAUUUUUGAAUAAUUAAUCGGAUAUUAUAUUAUUGUACGCUAAAAAUGUUUAUUAAAAAAAUGUAUAUUAUUUUAAUAGCAUCAAGAAGUUUUAUUACAUACUUGAAAAUAACGAAAAUCUGUUUAAAGAGUCACAUAAACAUAUCUUUUAUGGCAAAAACAAAUUCAAUCAUAAAAAAAUAUUUUAUGUUUUAAAAUAGUUUAAUAUUACAUACCUACCACUACAACAUCAAGUUAAAAAAGUAAAAGAAGCUUUCAAAGACUAAAAAAGUAUUUUCAGAAAAUUUUUAAAUAUAUGUAUAUUAUUUAGUCAUACGUAUAUAUGUUUUUUUAAUUUGAUGAAUGUAUUUUAGUAAUAAGAUUUUAGCCUCUGGUUCGGGACACCCUGUAUAAGAAUAGUAAAAUGCCGACGCACGCUUAAAGAUGGCGCUACUUAUGCACGAGUUAUUUAAUAUAUUUUUAAGAGGUUCUUGAGUUGAUGUUUGAUAAACUGUAAUAAUUUUGAAUAAUAUUUUCUUUUAAAGAAGACUAUUAUGCAAAGCAACAGAAAUGUAAAUAUCCAGAUUGAUAAACUGCAAUGACAUUUUACUUAAAAACGUAAAAAAGUUGUAUCGUGCAUUUAUAUACCAUUCUUUUUUCUGUAAAUGCUUUCUAAUCGUCGCCAUUUUACUUUUUAAUUUCGAUUGUCUAUAAUUUUUGUUCUGUUUGGUUUAGAACGGCCUCCAUUCUUUUCGUUAUGAAUAACUUUGUUCAUUUUUAUCGAUAUCUAUGUAUAUUGAUGUUCUUUUUUAUUAGUAUAUCCUUUGGCAUUAAUACAAUUGUAAACAUUCAAACGGAUACAUACUUUUAUUUUUUUUGGUAUUUUAAGCGUAAAUGUGUUAAUUUUUUUGCCUUUUCUCAAAUGGACGAAAUACAUUUUAGCUGCUGUAGUUGUACAUAUUAUACUCACAAGUUGUUGUACAAUGCCGUUUAACGUUUAGCUGUAUUGUAUAUUUUGUCUAACAGAUAAAAACAAGAUGUUUCCAGAUGUUAUUUCUGUUACAUUCAUUUGACGUAAGGUGUUUUUCAGUCAUGUGCAAUAUUAAUCUGACAUUUAUUUAUCUACUUGUAUUGAAUUUAAACCAAAUAAAACUGUUUGUUA